CGGUAGUGGUACUGAUGCGGGAUGAGUCAGGCUAUAUGAUGCUGCUGCUACCGCUGCCAUUUCAUCAGCAGCGCAAACCUACAAACACACAGCCAGCACAGACAUGAUACCGCGGGAUUCCCCUCUGCCAGCGAGUUUCCUGCCCUCAUAAACAACCCGCGCGAUCGAAAGAGAGAACCGAGCCUCGGUCGCGGUUUUCUAUUCGUGGCUCGUCGGGGCUGAAAGCGCAUGAUCUGUUUUUUUUCUUGCACCUGCUUCGGGGGUGCGUUUUUCCUCUCAGCAGCUCUCGAUCGGGCCUGACAUUAACAAGGAAAUCAGCCCUGACUCCAGGGGCCUGCUGCAGCACCAGCCUCUGUCACCGGGCUCCAAGACAAACAUCGACUCCCGGAGGCUUUUAGGUCGCUGUUUCGGUUGUUUCGCUGCGUCCUGAGGAUCGAUCCAACCAGAAUUGUCGGUGCCAUGGAGCCCGCAUCAGCCUGGUCCUGAACAGCGUGAGGAGAGCAACCAUUCUGGCCUAAAGUCCACUCCACUCCUGCCCCGAACCAGACAGACCGACAGACCGACCCGCAGACCGGCAGAGCGACAGACAGGCACAGCCAAAGUCAUGGAGGCGAUAUGGCUCUAUCAGUUCCGGCUGAUCGUCAUCGGGGACUCCACGGUGGGCAAGUCGUGUCUGAUACGGCGGUUCACGGAGGGCCGCUUCGCCCAGGUGUCGGACCCCACCGUCGGCGUGGACUUCUUCUCCCGGCUGGUGGAGAUCGAGCCCGGGAAGCGGAUCAAGCUGCAGAUCUGGGACACCGCGGGUCAGGAGCGCUUUAGGUCCAUCACCAGGGCUUACUACCGUAACUCUGUGGGCGGGCUCCUCCUGUUCGACAUCACCAAUCGCCGCUCCUUCCAGAACGUCCACGAUUGGCUUGAGGAGGCUCGUAGCCACGUCCAACCCCACAGCAUCGUCUUCUUACUGGUCGGCCAUAAGUGUGACCUGGAGUCACAGCGCCAGGUGACCCGCCAGGAGGCAGAGAAGCUGGCGGGAGCGUACGGGAUGCGCUACAUUGAGACGUCGGCCCGUGAUGCCAUCAAUGUGGAGCACGCCUUCACUGAGCUGACCAGAGACAUCUUCGCUUUGGUGCGGUCUGGCGAAAUCACAAUCCAGGAGGGCUGGGAAGGCGUGAAGAGCGGGUUUGUCCCCAACGUGGUUCAUUCCUCCGAGGAAGUGACCAAGAGUGACCGCCGCUGUCUCUGUUGAUCUGGAAAGAGUUAUGAACGAUGGGACUGAAGGUGAAAAGGAGAGGGAAGGAUUCAGAGGGGAGUGGCUGACGGACUGAGGUGUCGGCCCUCUAACUGGCAGCCCCCUGUUAUUCUUCUUUCAGACUGAACACGGAAGGGGAUGUUUGAGGAGUUUCAAGGAAAAGGCUGGUAGAAAACGGCAAAGAACACCUUAUACAUGGGUGGGUUGUGCCCAUUUCUAAAUGCGUUUUAUUUGUUGGAGAGGAAGGAUCACAGAUGCUCAUUUACUUGCGAGGGCUCCCAUGAUUCAAAUCCUUUAGUUUUGUUAUGGGCUUCCUGCCUGAAUAUCCCUCCCUGACAGUCUUAGAAAGGCCUUAGAAAAGAGGAUCCAUUUUAGUUUUUCGCCAAAAUGAGAUGACGCUCUUGACGUGUCGUCUUUCUUUCUCCCAUCAUCUCUUCCUUCACCUCUCCUCCCACUACUUCUUACCCUUCUCCUCUCCUCCAAUAUGCAAUUACAUGAUCACAUACAAAACGGUCACCUUUACGUUGGUGUCCAACAUCCUCCUAGCACAUACCAUUCAAAACAUUUUAGUCAGCACCCUUAGAUUAACCCUCCCUUGUUAACAAGAAUUGUGUUUCUCUUGUGCUGACAUCUUGCUCCACAUUCCACUAUCAGAGCUCAAUGGAGGAGUCCUGGAGGUCCUAGAUUUAACAAGGGAAGACAGACUUCCUUCCCGGAGCCUUUAUUUUGUUGCCAGAGACCAGAUUAUUUCUCUGUGGAACAAUUUAGGCCUCCAGUGAGCUCAAUGACAUUGACAAUGGUUAUAUCCACUAUCAUUCUGCUAAAUACCACACUAAAACAUAACACUGUCACCCAUCCAGUUCCUAAUGGACUCCUUAAGCAGGAAGAGGCAACGUGUACAGCUUAACUGACCGAGGUGGACUUGUUGGACUAGCUUAACAACUCCUAAUCGUCUGCCAUUAACUGGGGACUUGUUAAGGUGGACUAAUUGGAAUGUUGGAGCCAAAAAGCACCUUUAUAGCCAAGUCCACCUUAACUGUGGAGCUUUAUUUGGGACAUUUGAAAGGUGCAAAAAAGGAAACUGGAGAUAAUUUACUUCUCAAAGGCAAAGCAAACUGAGAGGGACCAGACCACGCAGAGGGAAACUUGAUGAACCACAUUACCCACAAUGCACGCAUACGGACAGGACUGUACCACAACAUAGUCAAGCAAAGAAGGUCCAAUUGGCAGGCAUUAAAUCAACCCAACACAGAUACAGGCACAGGGACAUUACAAGGUUAAGUUUUGUUCUGAGAGAGUGGUUUACAUGCCUUUUUUAUGUGUGUGCGCAAGUGUAAUAUUGCAUCAAAUUUUUAUUUUCAUUUUAAUGCUUUCCAAAGUUACAGGUGGAUGUAACUGCCAAGAUAACUUUGGAGUUUCAAUAGUUAAAUCUGCACCGAAUCAAGGGAAAACUCUAGUUGUGGUGUCACUGAUUGGCUGUAGCACACGUCUCGAUUAAAGCUGGUUUAACUUUGGUUUCUACGUUUUUUUUUAAAAGACCUCUACAUUACAUAAAGGUGUUUCUAACUAACGAUCAUUUACAUCUCGAAAAAUGCCUAGUUUCAACAUCAUUUCACUGACACUAUUUCAAGGUGCAGUCAGUGAGACUGUUGAAACAUUGUUAUAUGUGAACUAGAAAAAACACCUUUCAGCCACAUUUAGCCCGGUUUUCACCUAAUUUUAACCUAGAAAUCCCAAAAAUCAGUGCUUACUGGGAUGUUUGAUGGUUUAAACCACAGUUUUCUGCCUGCUGUGUGAGUUUACUUUGUAGAGGAAUAGUGUGACAUAUUGGGAAAUUUGCGUGUUCGCUUUCUGGUGGAGAGUUAAAUGAGAAGAUCAACGCCCCUCUCAUGUCUGUACACUAAAUAAGAAGCUACCUCCAGCAGCUGGUUAGCUUAGCUUAGCGCAAAGGCUGGAGAUAGGGGGAAACACCUUGCCGGGCAACCAGGAAGUUAACUGUGCGGAGCUAAGAUGAUGAAUUGUUCAUUUUACACUUCGAUGUUUGUACCAAUUAAACCAACAAGAUAUAACAUGUUAAUUCACGUGCUUUAGAGUUGCCGGUUGGUGAAUUCUGUUACCUUUGGACGGAGCCAGGCUAAUGGUUUCCCCAUGCUUCCAGUCUUUUUGCUAAGCUAUGCUAACCAGCUGCUCUUCUCAUCUAAGCGUAUAAACGAGCAUGUUUCCUGUUCCUUUAAAGUGUGCAUUUAUUAUAUCGUUACAUUAACAUCUUUAGCUCAGACCAGUUACUGUUCCUUUAAAUGCCAGAAAGAAAACUAAAUCUGAUUGUGUACCAUACUGUGACAUUGGCUGGGAGACUGUGGAUACGCUGAACAGGAGAGAAUGAAAGAUGAAAAACGUCUACAAAAGGUCAAUCAACAUCAGCAGCCGACUCGUCGGCUGCUUGUCCAACACCGGUAAUCUGCUACAUUUUAAGGGAUCAACACUGGACCAAAUAUAUUAAUCUGUUUACCCUGGCAUAAAUAUUUGGUUGUAUUUGCUGUCAUUCAAUGUUUGAAUGACUUUCAUUCAAACAUUGCGAAGGAAUAGAUAGACACUAAGAGCAUUGUUAGCAAUUAAAUGUACCUUAAAUUACCUACUACAAAUACCUGGAUGACUUGGUGUGCAUCUAGAUAUUUAUUGUUUUGCAGAAUCCCCAUUUUAAGUGUUUGCUCCUCUCUCUCUCUCUCUCUCUCUCUCUCUCUCUCAAUAUGAAGAAAUGCAUUUGUCUGAUUGAGAUACUGUUGUAGUUCUAGGAAGAAUACGGUUUGUUUGAAAACCUUUUUAAAACUCUAUUUGACUACUAAUCUGAUCUGCAAUCCCACAUAACUUGCGCAUGUAUAUUCCUGCUAUGAUCAUAACACCUAUUUAUUUUUUACAUUUAUUUAUAGUAAUAAUUACAGUCCUGUAGGGCAGUGAGGAUACUGUAAGUGCUUCAUUUGCUUACACUGUAUGCCUUGUUUUUACAUGUUUCCAAAGAGUUUUGUGUGUGUCAUUUUAUUUUUACAUGAAUGUAUCAUAUAAGAAAUGUGUGAAUGUGUGAAUUAGAAACAUUUCCAGUAAAAGCGACACACCGUUUUCUCCUUAAACAGCUUUGAUGAUGAGACUUGAAAGGAAAUUACUCUAAUGAUAAUCCACCUCCACGGCUAUACACGCUGCAUUAUUCUCUACUGAAGUGUGUGAAAUGCUGUUGCUAUAGGCAGAAAAGAUCGAUCUGCAAAAGUUCUCCCAGGAAUUAAAAAAGUUCUUCCUGAUGCCCUUGUGUUUUUGAGAUUCGACAGUGAAGGGCUGGUCUUUCCAUUUCUCUGACUUGCUCUAUCAUCCACAGUGAUUCCUGCUGAAGCACCUUUACAUGUUGCCAAGCGGCCGCUGUGGAGUAGACAGUUCAGAGGUGUUAAAGUUUGCGUGGGUGGGUGUGGAUGCAGUCUCCUGUGUGUGCAGCUCCUGCUGUCAAGAGUCCUCCAGCAGCUGGUAGAUCUGCUACACUGUACAGCACCUAGUCUAAUCUUCAAGCUCUGUAAUAUCUCGCUUCCACUCUGAAAUAUUGUCUUAAGGAAACACAGUAGUCACAUUUUGGGAAACACAAACUUCUUGCUGAGAGUUAAGGUGAGAAGAAUGAUACCACUCUCAUGUCUGUUUGUUAAAUAUUAAGCUACAACCAGCAGCUGGUUUCCAGACUGGAGUCAGUGGCAGUAACAAAACCCACCUACCAGCACCUCUAAAGACUUUCUAUCUUGUUUGUUUAAUCUGUACAAGAGCCAUGCAAGCGGUUUCCCCCUUGUUUCCACUCUUUAUGCUAAGCUAAGCUAACCAGCUGCUGGCUGCAGCUUCAUAUUUAGCGUACAAACGUGAGAGUGGUAUCAAUCUUAUUUAACUCUCAGCAUUAAAGUGAAUAAGUGUAACAGUAUUUCCUACAAUGUCAAGCUAUUCCUUUAAGUAGCUACAAUAAAAUACAGAUUAUCUAAAAGGUCAUGUUUCGAUUUCGAUUGUUUUUUUGCGCUCCCUUAUUAAUUUUUUGUUCCCUGUCAAUAAUUUUUUUGCAUUCCCUUAUUACAAUCCUUUUGUUCACGAACUAUACUUUUUGCAUUCUCUUUAAUUUAAGUUUUCAUUAAUUAAUUUGCAAUAGACGAUGCAAAAAUUAGCAGGUUAAUUGAUUAGUCAGUCGACAGGUAAUCAAUCAAUCGCCUUUUUUUCUUUCUUUCUUUUUUUAACAAAACUGCCAAAAAUCUUCUGGGUUCAGCUUCUCAAAUAUGAGGAUUUGAACAAAACAAUCAAACUGAAGACAUAAUAACAUUUUGUAACAUUUGUAAGCUAAAUGAUUAAUCAAGAAAAUAAUCGACAGAUGAAUCGAUAACGAAAAUAUUUGUUUGGUGGCAGCCAUACACCACAGUGCUUCUUCACCACAGUAGAUGAAUUUACUGAAUUUUUCUUGUAACUUGGCCUAAAAUUUAAAUUAAAUGCAAAAGAGCACAAAAUUAGGAAGGAAUAAAGAAACAUGAUGGUGCACAAAAAAAAAAAAAACGUAUUUGGAGGGAAUAAAAGGGUGUUUUAGCCACUUCAGGGGUUUUGUAGAAAAGAUUUUAGCCCUCAGCUCUUGAUUUCUUAUUGUUGCUGUCCAAUGAAAACCAUGUAUCUCUAAAUUUGGUGAAUUUGGAUUUUUCAUAUAAACUAAAAGAUCAGAUAUCUUUCAUGGGUUGAUACAGUUCUCCUCUAUUUUCCCAGAAUAAAUCAUUUGAAACCCCACUGGAUUGUCACCUCCGCCAAGGAGGUUAUGUUUCCACUCGUGUCUGUCUGUUUGUUUACGUGUCGGCAGGAUUACGUAAAAAGGACUGAACCGAUUUGCACCAAACUUGGUGAACAGAUGGCGCCUGGGCCACAGAAGAACCCGAUAAAUUUUGGUGUAUCCAGGAGAUUUAUUUAUUUUUUACCACUUACCUCAACAUUUUGAGUUGAGAGCAUUUCAUGUCAUGGUGGGGGUAUGCAUCAAAGCGUAAUGUUUCUGUUUGUAUUUCUUUUUGUUUUGGAGAUGCAUGGUUUUAAAGGACAGCAUUGUUGGUUUUCUACACCAAAUCUGGGCAAAAUUAUAAUGUUUAAGUUUAUGAGAAAAUGAAACUACUUCAGUAAACACCUGCAGAAAGCUUGGUUUUGGUCCUUGCAAGCUAUUUUCCCUCUUCCAAUAGUGUUUGAGUAUUUGGCAGGAAGAUUAAACCCUUACUAUUAUACUUAAGCAAUUUAUUGUUGGUUUGUUGUCAAAAAGAAUAUUUCCUCUGGUCACAAAAUCUAAAAUGAUAGAUCUGUAUCGCUUUCCAGAGAAAAGAUGUCAUCAACCAAAAUGCCCUACAACCGAUUGGAUAUUUUUUUUGUGUUGUUUUGUGUUAACAGAAUCCAACAAGACCAAAACUGACACAUACUUUUUAAAGAGGGAAAUAUCUAAGUCAGUCUUAAUCCUGAAGAUACUGAAACAGACUCGACUUGGUCACCACUCAGCUGAUUCCAGUAAAACAUGAUUCACUCAGUGUGUGAAAAAAGCAGCCUGCAAUUAAACACUAAAGAUGCCCCACAGAAGCCCGACCAGUUGUUAAUGGUCUGGAAGUGGCUGUUAAUGUUUUUGGCUUGAUACUACAGACUGUCAGUGAAGCAAGUUUCUAGGAAGUCACGUGACAUUACUGAAUGUGGAAGAAGCAUUUUUGGGAGACUUUGCCGUUUUUUCCACACAAGCAGUUUCAGGCUUUUUCUGAACUGAGGCUUGGCUUGGUGCAAAUAAAGAUAUUCCAUUCAGAGAUGCUGACAAAGUCGCCUCAGGACCCACGGAUGGAUCAAGAAAGGACACUUUGAAGGGAGCUAUUGGUACGAUUGAAAGCAGUUUCAUGUUUGACAGCAAAGCAAUCUCCUUUUUGGCCUAUUUCCAGGGACCCAUACAGGAUGAUUUACUGGCACUCUGCACCGCUCUCUGCCAGUAUCCCUGGCAGUGUUUGGUUUCACUAAGGCUGCUUUCAUACAGAAGGCACAGCACUGCUGGACUCCCUUCAACUGUCAGUAAAGUGGUUGCUAUCAGCACAGCUGCAACCUCAGACAAGCUGAAAAUAGGUCUCUAUUAUAAUACUGUUAUUCUCACUUUGUUACAACUUCAUGUUCAGAGGCGUAGUGCAGCAUUUUGGGAACUACACUAAGAUUUAAAGAUCCAUAGCACUCUCAUCUCACAUGUUCAAAUCAAAUCAAAAAUACUUUUUGUGCUCCCUCAUACUUCAAGUAGCUUUAAGCUAGUGUUACUCUUCGCAUCGUCGAGCACCCAAAGGCUCUGUGCGGACGUAUGUGUACCCUCUAAUUUGUUGUGACACUAAUCCAUCACCCCUAGUCCAAGUGGACUCCAAAGAAGUAAAUUAAAACAACUGUGUGUUCAUGGUGUCUGUGUCUAGCUUCCAGUCAUUAAGCUAACGAAGGUGCAGCUGGUUAGCUUAGCUUACUUACAGCACCUCUAAAGCUAAUUAAUCAAGACAAAACCCCAGGAUAUAAAGCAAGAAACAAACUGGAACAUAACACCGAAAACGUUUUGCUUUUACUCUUUGGUUUUGUACAGAUUAAACAAACAAUAAAACAUGUUAAUAAAUGAGUUUUAGGUCGAUUUUGUGAGUUGAGAUGUUUGGCGACUUGUGUCGUGGCAAGAAGGCAAAUAAACAAAUUUACGAUGACAUUAUUCACAAUACAUGUAGAGGUUUCCCCCUUGUUUCCACUCCUUAUGCAAUACAAUACAUACAAUAUUCCUUUAAGCUUUAUGCCAUGAAUAAUGCCCCUAUAUAUUUUUUAAGAAAAUGUAUCUGUAAUGGAUGUUGAAUUAAUCCCUGCCUACUGCCAAAUUUUGGUGGAAUUUCUGGCUGUGUCCAAGGAGCUUGUCUACCAGCCAUGAUCAUUUUAAACUCUUAUUUUAUUCUAAUAAGCUAAUAAUAUUGACAGAGUUAAAACUGGGGCUACAACUGACAUGUUGGUGACACCUCAAGACUUUUCCACACAUUAUUUAGGGGUCAAAUGAGCGAUUACGACAGAACAGUCAACUUUUUUCUACCUUUCCACUCUGAUGUGUAACAUGUCAUCAAUGUGUCAUUCCUGUAUUCAAAAGCAUGUAUCUGUAGGUUAACAAUAGCUAUUUCCUGCCCUCAGUGUAAUAACAAAUAAAAUGUGACUGGAAAAAUAA